CUUCUACAUGAAGGACGCCGUGCGCCUCAUCGUGCGCAUCGCCGCCGCCAACGGGAUCGGCCGCCUGGUCAUCGGGCAGAACGGCAUCCUCUCCACGCCAGCUGUGUCCUGCAUCAUUAGGAAAAUCAAAGCCAUUGGUGGCAUCAUCCUGACAGCCAGUCACAACCCUGGUGGGCCCAACGGGGACUUUGGGAUUAAAUUCAACAUUGCCAAUGGAGGUCCUGCUCCUGAAGGUAUCACAGACAAAAUUUUCCAAAUCAGCAAAAAAAUUGAAGAGUAUGCGAUCUGCCCCGAUCUCCAGGUGGACCUGGGCACCAUUGGAAAACAGCAGUUCGACCUGGAGAACAAAUUUAAACCAUUUACAGUGGAAAUUGUGGACUCGGUGGAAGCGUACGCGAACAUGCUGCGAAACAUCUUCGACUUCAGCGCCCUGAAGGAGCUGCUUUCGGGGAAGAACCACCUCAAGAUCCGCAUAGACGCCAUGCACGGAGUUGUGGGCCCUUAUGUCAAAAAGAUCCUGUGCGAAGAGCUCGGCGCCCCGGCCAAUUCUGCAGUGAACUGCACACCGCUCGAGGACUUCGGCGGCCACCAUCCCGACCCCAACUUAACCUACGCUGCUGACCUGGUGCAGACCAUGAAGACGGGAGAGUACGACUUUGGAGCUGCCUUCGACGGGGAUGGGGAUCGGAACAUGAUUCUUGGGAAACACGGCUUCUUCGUGAACCCCUCCGACUCCGUCGCCGUCAUCGCUGCCAAUAUUUUCAGCAUCCCUUACUUCCAGCAGACCGGCGUGCGCGGCUUCGCGCGGAGCAUGCCCACCAGCGGGGCGCUCGACAGGGUGGCCCACGCUACCAAGAUUGCUCUGUAUGAAACUCCCACUGGCUGGAAGUUCUUCGGGAACUUGAUGGAUGCAAACAAACUGUCCCUGUGUGGGGAGGAAAGUUUUGGUACUGGCUCCGACCACAUCCGCGAGAAGGACGGGCUGUGGGCCGUGCUCGCCUGGCUCUCCAUCCUGGCCGCCCGCAAGCAGAGCGUGGAGGACAUCAUGAAGGAUCACUGGCAGAAGUACGGCAGGAACUUCUUCACCAGAUACGACUAUGAAGAGGUGGAUGCGGAUGCAGCUGGUAAAAUGAUGAAGGAGUUGGAGACCAUGAUGUUUGACCGCUCCUUCGUGGGGAAGCAGCUAUCAAGCGGCGACAAAGUCUACACGGUUGAGAAAGCUGAUAAUUUCGAGUACCACGAUCCCGUCGAUGGGAGCGUCUCCAAAAACCAGGGCUUGCGGCUCAUCUUCUCCGACGGCUCCCGCAUCAUCUUCAGACUCAGCGGCACCGGCAGCGCUGGAGCCACCGUGCGCCUCUACAUAGACAGCUACGAGAAGGACGCGCAGAAGAUACACCAGGACCCCCAGGUCAUGUUGGCGCCUCUCAUUUCUAUCGCGUUGAAACUCUCACAACUCCAUGAAAGAACCGGCCGCACGGGCCCCACGGUCAUUACGUAGGCCUGG